AUGGGUCCAGCCAAUUCUGCGGAAAAACAUGGCGACGUGUCGGAUGACGACAGCAAGGAAAUCAUGGUGACAAUCCACAAAGGUUUGGAAGGUGAAUCUCUGGAUAUCCCAGUGAAACCACAGAUGCCUUUUGCAUCCAUCAUGCAGAGUUUACUCCUGCAAAUGACGGCGGAUCCCACCCUGAGUGCCAUCCUGUCCUCGGAAGGCAUAAAGAUCGAGACCACGGAGGACUUGUUGGAAUACCAUUCGCAGGGCGCUUGCAUCUUCGCAACCUUGGUGCUCUCAGUGCAGAAGAUGGCCCUACGGCAAGUCGUUGAAGAGUUGAUGAUGCCCGAGAGCGAGUUCCGGGGACAUCGACAUGUGCUGAGCAGAUAUCCCAAAGGCAUCACCUACAAAGACGUGGCGAACUACUUGUUCAAGAACAAGGUCUUGCUGACUCCAACCCAAGCUUCGGGUCUCUUCCAACAGUUGCUGCCCAAGUUAGUGGAGGUCCAGGCGGAGAGGACCCUCUGCCUCCGCGCUCAACUGAUUAUGGCUUUGCACACCUUUUGCUUGGAACCAUAUGCCAUUUGGGAGGCCGAUGAUGGACAAGACGAAUGUGUUUGGCACAACAUGAUGUAUUCCGGAAAGAACCUCGGACCAAAUGGUCGCUUCUGUAUCCCAGGGCAACGCGCCCAGCACUUUGUGGAUCCCUUACCCAGCUCGAGUGCCAGCAAGCAGGAUGUCUCGAACCUGCGUGGCGUCUUGCAGGCUCGGCGUGACAACGCGCAGCAGCAGUUCUUGGCGCCUCUGACGGAUGCAGCAUGGGUUCGGUUCAGCCUGAGCCAUUUGGGAAGUAGAUAA